UCCACUAUGUUCGAUCGUGCUACACCUGCCACUGUGUUACUCACUGCGACAACAUAAACUAAGGAAGUGCACGUGAACGCAGCAAUCAGAGGGAGACGCCCGAACCAUAGUGUGUGAAAGAAAUAACGCUGUCAGAGUGGGAUUUGCAAGAGGUUUAUUAUGGACGUAUAUUUGAUGAUGACAACGGGUUUGUCCGGGUUGUAAGACAGAAUGGCACGGGGAUCAGAGUAUUUAGUUGUGGAUGCAUCUGCAGCUACAUUUGAGCCAGCAAUAUGGGUUGACAUGAUUUACACUCUUAAUUCUUUGAAUGCAACAUUCACAAACUGAAGGGAACGAGCAGCAUUUUGCUAUGCCAAUAUUCUGAAUUGCACUUCCUCUAAUGAUGAAGGUGGUACGUAGAAGUAAAAGAAGAAUCCAUCAAAGUCUGCUGAAUACAGGGAAGGAAGUAGCCUACAAGCAACUGCCUAAUAAGGAAAUAGACAGUAGACUGCGGUCAUCCGGACAAAUAUUUCAAAAUGAAAUGCACCUCUAUACAGGGCGUUACGGUACCGCUUGCACAGCUCACAAGGCUCUAAUAAUCAUUUCUCAAUCUUUCAACUGUCUUUAAAACAGAUCCUGAAAAUGUUACAUUCCAAUUCCACUUGAUUCCUGUUCAUGAAGACCUCCUCUAUGACCCUGUAAAUUGUCAUGAUAUUUUACUGCACAGUUUUGGUGCCAGUGAAAGAUAAAAUCAGUAAAUAAUGAUCAAUAACCUUUGGCUUUUUCUUUCAUUUUCUCCAAAACUGUAAAUGACAGUUCAAAGAUGAGAGAAUGGAAGAGGGAAGAGGGGAGACAUGAUGAAUAGAGUCUUUUUUCGGCUGGGAAAUAAAAGCAUAGUCGGGUUCAUGUCGUCAGAAAAGUACAUUAGUGGAAGCAGGCGGUGUUAUUGGGAGAUGCUGGUGUGAAGGUGAACGGGGGAGGCAGGUGGGAGAGGCUGCUGCAGGUGUGAGGAUGUGGAAAAGAGGGGAAGUCCAAGGACAUCUGGUGAAUAGGAAAAUGCAGUGAAGGGGACCGUGAAGGGACACAGUUAAAACAUUUAUUAUGUUAUUAUUAGCUGACAAUCACAAGAGAUUGCCAUCUGUCAGGUGAAUUGGACAGCCAACAGUUAGUAAGCUAGCAGCUAGUUAACUAGCAGCUAAUUAGCUAACAGCUGAUUAGCUCUCCUUAUGGGCCGUGUGUCUGUCUUCACUCGCAGACUGACCCACAUAAUCUGUUAGAGGAUUACAGUAAUGUCCCGGUGGAGGAGGACGCUCUAGACUGCUUAUGUCUUUGUUAUAAAGCUCUUACAACCUUCCUGGUUUGUUUACGGAUUGCCACCUCAUGUGGACACACGACACCAGCUGACCGGCUCUGAGCAUGCCUUCCACGGCGAGCUCGCCUCACUGGCCUCUAUCCGAGUUGCUCGGGCAGCGCAGUCUGCUGGGCCUCGCAGCGCUGCUGGCAUGGCUCGUCCUCUUCCAUCUCCUCGUGAAUGUUUGGCUCCUCUGCGUCUUCACCAGUCUCUUGGUGGUCCUCGGAGGUUGGCUCGGGUCCCGUGCCGCGCUGGACGCAAACAGCCUCCUCCACCUGGAGCACUUUUUGCCUCUCGGCAAAAUGAGCCCUCCCGUGCAUUCGCCUGAACACGAGUGGCGGUUGAACCACGAGAUCCACAAUGCCGUCCACAAAGCGGUGCGUGACUUUGUGUCCUCGUGGUACCGCACUCUUCUGCCGGAGGAGGAGGGGGAGUUUGAGCGCGCGGUGCGUAACACCAUGCUGGAGUCGGUGAUGGAACUGAAGGAGCGAGCGCGGCGAGUGGACCGAAAGGCGCUGGUUCAGCGGCUGCUCGAGCUGUACGGCUGUCACCUGCAGAGCUACAUGACGGCCCGGCAGAUACAGUCGACGCAGAAGCAGAGCUUCAGCCUCUGGCAGCUCUACAGCCAAGUAGACGCCCCUCACCCGGCUGUGAGAAGUGCUGCCGCCGAGCUCUGCUACUCGAGGGCCCUGGUUAACCUCAUGUUACACGUGCUUGUUCCGUCCCCCCACAUGGAGACCAGGACCGGAGGUUACAUGGUUACGGAGCUCAUCACCUGCAACGUCCUGCUGCCGCUCAUAAGCAGGGCGUCCGAUCCUGACUGGCUCAACCAGACCAUCGUGGACGUCAUCGCCAGGUCCAGAGAACCACAGGAGGGAGCUCCUGCGGUUCUCUGUACGGCUGCUCUGUACGGCUGUCAGAUCCAGCACGAGUCCUGGACCACCUGCAGGUCCCUCUCUUCUUCUGAUGCGGCCAGCUUCAACAGCAUAGGCACCUCCGACCUGGACGACCUGCAGAGCCACAGCAGCAUCUGCGAGAAGGACUCCUCACCGAGCAGCACGGUCAGCCUGGCGUCCGUCGGGAAAGUAGAGGGUUGCCACGGAGGUUCGCUCACGCCGUGCAAAGUGAACUGCUGCUCCGUCACGUCUGGCCGCUACUCCCACUCACCGGAUCCCAAACGGAUUUCGUUGGACUCCUUGAUUCAAUUGGACUCCGAAGACGACCUGACGGGAGGCUUUUGUGACUGUGGUUCUCCAACCGACAUCUGCAACGCGAUGACUUUAAAAGAAGACGAGGCGUUCGGGUGCUUCGGUCCUCUGAAAAACCUCGGGCCUAAAAUGGGGGUGCCCGAGGACUCCCAGUGGCCAGCGGGCAUAGCCCAAGAAAAAUCUCCAACAUGUUCCCCACGAAGACUCCGCCUAGCUUCCUGCCCCUUUGACACCCACAACAUCCAAGCUGCGCCUGUGAACCUCCACAAUGUGCAAAUUUCUGGCACGGUCGCUGCAAAAGAACAGCGUGGCACAGGCACACAUCCCUAUACUCUCUACACUGUGAAAUUUGAGACCCUCGCUACAGCGGAGAACGGUGAAACUCUGCAACCUGCGUCCUGUCGUACCGUCAACCGGAGAUACAGCGAGUUCCUCAACCUGCAAACACGUUUAGAGGAGAAGCCCGAAGUCAAGAAGGUAAUCAAGAAUGUCAAAGGGCCAAAGAAGAUGUUCCCGGACCUGCCGUUUGGCAAUGCAGACAACGACAAGGUCGAAGCCCGCAAAAGCCAACUGGACACGUUCCUUAAACAAUUAAGCUCUAUUCCUGAGACAUCCAACAGUGAGGACAUGCAGGAGUUCCUGGCUCUCAACUCUGAUGUUUGUACAUAUUUUGGAAGAAAGCCAUUUGUCAAGUCGAGAAUUGAUAAGAUGAUGGAAAAUGCUUUAGACACUUUGAAGACGGCUUUCCCUCAUCCUGAGCCGCUCAGCCCCACGGAGGACCUGGAGGGAGAUGCAGAAGGAAGAACGACGGACAGCAGAAAGUACAUGAGGCUUAGGUUCCAAAGCAAAAUUUCCCCGUCUCUCAACAUACCUGACCUACACCCCAAAGUGACAUACUGCUUUAGUGAAGGCAGCGCUAUCCUAAAUGGCAUGUCGCUGUCGGGCCUGGAGAGCUUCGUCAAAGAGCAGGAAAUACUUUCAUGUGAGCGGAAUGGGAAAGAGACAUCCAAGCGGAGCUGGGUAAAGCCUGGCAUGGACAGGAAGACGUUAGGAAAAACUCACAGCACAGACACAGCCGUGGCGGAUGUUGCUUUGAACAUUUUGUGUCUGCUGAUGAAGGACCAGUGGAGUUGGCUUUGCACUGAGAACAUACAGAAGACCAUUAGGCUGCUCUUUGGCACCUUCAUUGAGAGAUGGUUGGAUUUAGGCGUUGCCCACCUCACCAGUGCCCCCUGCUGGGUGAUUUACCUUCAAGUGCUGCAGGAAGCUGUGUGGCCGGGGGGCACGCUGCCUGCUCAACCACGGCCGGAGCGCAGUGCGGCCGAAAGAGAGGAAACCAAGGAGCAGUGUCUGGACUGUCUCAUGCAGCUUCUGCCAGAGCUUAUCGCUGACAUGUUGGGAAGUGAGAAGUACAGACUGAGCUUGGAGACCAUGCUGGAGUCUUUACAGGAUCAUCAGAUAAACAAGCAUCUAAUCUACUGCAUCUGUGACCUGCUACUCGACUUUCUGAUCCCUGAGUCGUGCAGCGCGGCCUUCCAGGGGUCUCUGCUGCAGAGCCUGGGCAAAGACGCAGAGAGGGAAAGUCCGCUGGCGUGAACAGCAGUCCCUCACUCAGAUGAGUGGUCUCAUGAUUGCUAUCGUUAGCAGAGCUGCCAAUGAAAUCAGCUGUGCUCUAAAAGACAGUGAUGGCUUACACUAUAUCUGACAUCAACAUGAUAUUGUGUAGUUCAUCAGGUAACUGGACAGUUACAUUAUGACGAUUGAUGUUGAGGAGCAAGAGAGGUGCACAUUACCGCUCAGCUGACCUAUUUUCAUGUGUGUUUUCAUGUCCGUUUACUCAAGACCAUUUUUCAUUGAAGCGCAUAUGUUUUGCAGUAAAAUAUUCCAUAGUGAAGCAUUAAGAUUAAAGAUGUGUCAACUUCCUUUGUUCUGGCCGUCUAUUGGAACCAUCCUUGAAUGAUUCACAUCUCCCAUGAUUCACCUGAAAUCACAGACUGAAAUUUCAUCCAUGAAAAGGGCAGCAUGAUCAGGCAAACGAAAAUAAUGACAAAUCCCAGUAGAGUGCAAACAUCAUCUCCUCUAUAUAAAAAUCAAUAUGCUUCAACCCCAACGUUUGUCUCUCAAUGAGAUAUUAACAGUUGAAAAGGCGUACACACGUUGGUGAAGUAUAUCUUUCUGAUUUGGCAUCAUCCUGCAAGCAGCAGAUUAUGUCAUUUAUUAUAUAGCCUGCAUGUUGCACAUCACAACAUGCCCACUAACUGUGAAUGUUUGAUUGUUUCCAGACCCUCAAUAAAUGCUGAAGGAAAACUGA